CCUUGUACUCUAUAAAUUGGGUUUGAAUUUGCUGUUGUUGAAGUUCAUUUUCUUCGAUUUCCAAUGGCCUCGCUUAUGGCGUGUAAAUUCCCAUCAAUCCUCCAAGCACCCCCUCAUACAAUUCGCCUCCUGUGCAAUCACUCUAAACAUUCCUUUUGGACUUCAUUGGCCUAUCAAACCGCUGCUUCCAAAACAUGCAGUCUACACAUAAUUCAAGCUCAAAAUCCAUCCACCCAAUCUUUACAGUCCACAGAAUCACUGACCUCUGUAGUAACAGAUGAAUCUGUACCAGAGGGCCAUGCUGGCUUACAUGGUUUCCUCUAUGGAGACAAAGGUGCAGAAGUUCACGGCUUCAACGCCCAACAAAUCAUAGCAAAAGCAGGAGAAGAUGACGGCUCUUCCAUCCUUACCUUCCAAGACUAUGUCAACAGCAGGGACAAUCUCAAGUUUGGUGGUGUUUAUGCAAUCUAUGAUGCACAGGGUGAAAUUCAGUAUGUGGGCUACUCUAGAAAUGUAAUUCUGUCAUUGAAAUCCCACAUGGAGAGGGUUGGUGAGUCCAUGUGCUGCUCAGUUAAGGUAAAAAUGUUCACAGAUUCAUCAAUUAUUUCCAGGGGGAAAUUAGAGGAAGAGAAGCAAAAGUGGAUUAAUCAAUAUGGUGUGCCACCUGGAAAUUCUAUCCACCAGGAGCUUUGGGAAAAUGGGAAGGGAGCAUUCACCAGGGCCAUGUCUGAAGAGGAGAGGGAGAUUUACGAGGAGAGGAAAUUGAAGAUGAGGAAGGCUAUGGGCGAGAAUUUGUAUGAUGAAGUUGAGGGAGAGGAUGAGGAUUCUAGGAAUAGAAGACUUAAUCUUCUGAGGGCCACUGAGGGGGAUGAUUGGAGCGGUGUCAUUGAUGGCCAGACUAAGGAUACCUUAGGUGAAGCUGCUGCUCAGCCUCAAAAUGAUAUUGUCAGUCCCUUCAGUGGAAAUGGAAAAUCAGGCCUUUAUUCUGCUGCAACUUAUGAUCUCACGGCAGAGAAUGUGGAUAUGGUUCUAAAUGACGUGAGGCCUUAUCUCAUCGCUGAUGGAGGCAAUGUGGAAGUCGUUUCUGCCGAAAAAGGUGUCAUCUCCUUGAGACUUCAAGGGGCAUGUGGGACAUGUCCCAGUUCAACAGUCACAAUGAAUCUGGGAAUUGAAAGAGUUUUGAAGGAGAAAUUUGGAGAUGCACUGAAAGAAAUUCGUCAAGUUGAUCAGCAAGACAUGAGUGCAACAGUAGUGUCUGUUAAUUCUCAUUUGGACAUGCUGAGGCCAGCAAUAAAUAAUUAUGGUGGCUCAGUAGAAGUGAUAUCCGUUGGGAAUGGCGAAUGUCAUGUAAAAUAUAGUGGUCCAGGUCCAAUUGGUAUGGGUGUUCAAGCUGCCAUCAAAGAUAAGUUUCCUGAUAUAACGAAUGUUGUUUUAAUAAAUCCUUGAUAUUUUGUUCCAAUAUGGUGGUGUACAAGUAUAGAUCUUCAACAAGAUGGUUUAUCAAAGAAGCGUGGUGAUUAUCCAUGGAUGGCUAAUAAUCCAGAAAAAAAACAAAAACAUUUCAGAUGUUAAGGUGUGCAACUGCUUUCUGGCAUUUGACACCAUAGAGUUGCCAUUGGUGACAUGCGUGUAUUUGUAAAGAACAAUUUUACUUCAAAGAUUAUCCUUUUAAAUUGUUACUAAUGGUUUUUUAUUUAUAUUGA